CGUCACUUCCUGAAACAUGCAAUGUUCUCAUUGUGCAAAACUCUCCCCUGAAGUCCAAAAGUGGCACAGCAUGAUUUACCAAUGCUUUUCAUUUUCAAGAUUUACAUCAGUUGAGCCCUCUAAUAAAUCCGUGUUGGCCUGUACAGCUGCUGUUCUUGUACUGACUGAAUAUUUAGGACAAUGGGAGUCACUGGUCUGUGGCAGAUCCUGGAACCAGUAAAACAACACAUCCCCCUCAGCCACCUUACAGGAAAGACACUGGCUGUUGAUUUAAGCAUCUGGGUGUGUGAAGCACAGAGUGUUAAAAAGAUGACUGGUGUAGUUACAAAGCCUCACCUCAGAAAUAUUUUUUUCCGAGUCUCUUCUUUAACGCUAAUGGGGAUCCAUCUGGUAUUUGUCAUGGAGGGAGAUGCUCCAAAGUUGAAAGCAGAUACAAUGAGUAAACGGUCAAAGAUGCGUUUUGGACCCUCCAACAAACCUGGGGCGGCAAGACAAGGGAGAUCUCAUUUCAGAUUUUUCUUGAAAGAGUGCCUGGAAAUGCUGGAGUGCUUAGGAAUCCCUUGGGUCCAAGCUGCUGGCGAAGCAGAGGCCAUGUGUGCCUAUCUGAAUGCAAAUGGCUAUGUGGAUGGCUGCAUCACCAAUGAUGGAGAUGCUUUCCUUUAUGGUGCUCAAACAGUCUACCGGAAUUUUACUAUGAACAUAAAGGACCCACAUGUUGACUGCUAUUCAGUAUCCUCCAUUGAAGAGACGUUAGGCUGCAACAGAGAGUGCCUGAUUGGAUUAGCAAUCCUGCUUGGCUGUGAUUAUCUUCCGAAGGGAGUUCCUGGAGUUGGAAAAGAGCAGGCUUUAAAACUGAUUCAGGCUUUGGAAGGGCAGAGUUUGCUGCAGAGAUUUGAGCAAUGGAAAGACCCCUUCCAACACAUUGACAUACCGCUUAAAAAGAUGAUUCACUGUACUGUAUGCCGUCAUCCAGGUUCCUUUAAAGAUCACAAGGAAUUUGGAUGUCAGCUUUGUGAAAGCGUGGAGUUCUGCAAACCCCAUGAAGUGACAUAUCUCUGUCCUUGUGACUGGCAUCGCUCAGAGCAAGAUCGACAAGUGAGGAUAGUAGAGGAAAGCAUUAAAAAAAAGACUAAAGCAUGCGAAGGCUUUCCAUUUCCAGAGGUCAUCCAAGAAUAUCUUGUCAGCAAAGACAAGCUAAUGAAGCCAUAUGAGUGCCGAAGGCCAAAUUUGUUGUAUUUUCAGAGGUUUGCAUCUGAGAAAAUGGACUGGCCCAAGCAUUAUGCAUGUGAGAAACUGUGUGCUCUUCUGACAUACUAUGACAUGAACAGAAGGAAGGCUGGCCACACUGACCCAUGGCAGCUGCAGGCACUUCGGAUAGUCAAGACACGAACUAAAAAUGGGAUUUCUUGUUUUGAAAUUGAGUGGCAAAAGCCAGAGCAUUACGCUACAGCAGAUGAUCAGCCUGUGGAACCCUUCUUAAAAACAGUUGAAGAGUCAUCAUUGUUUCAGGCUGCUUACCCAGAAAUUGUUGCCAUGUAUCAAAUGGAGAAGUUGGAAAUUUGCAAAGAAAAAAAGAAAGGCACAAAAGCAAAACUGAAAAAGAAAGAAGACUUAGCAGGUGAUGGUAACGUUGCGGAUCUCCUCUCUCAGCUGAGCUUGCAGUCAUCAUGUGAGAUCUUGCCCAACUAUAAUCACAAAUCUGAUUUUAAAUCUGAUUGUCAAACACUGGCAAAAACAGACUCUAACUCUCAGGUACUAUUUGUAUCUGCAAGUUCUUCUGCCAAAACCUUACCAAGUCAGAAUCCACCUUCUCCCUUGCUUGUAACCCUUUCACAAAACACAGGGAAUGAAUGCAACUCUGAUGGCUAUCUGAGCUCACAAGUAGAAUUCACUAGCUCCUCAGUGGUCUCUGGUGCUUCUUCUGUGAUUGCUGAUCUACAACUGAGUGGCAUUGACUGGAAAGGGACAUCCUUCACUGUUUCUCCGGCUCAUAUUAGUGAUUCUUGUUUAGAAUCUGAGUGGUGUGUAUGUUGCAAUUCUACAGAACAAUAUCCUCUACUGUAUUGUAGAUCAGCAGAAAUUAUCCCACCAUUUUCUAAUUCUGUGCAUCAGAAUCAGAAUCCACCCAGCAGUAGGAACUGGUCCGUUUCAGGCAGUGACCUUCCCGAAGGACAACAUUGUUUACUUUCAAAAGAGCAAGUCAAUCUGAAACUUUCUGCUUUAAAAAGUAUUUCCAAGGAUCCCAAAGUACCCCUGCUCAGCCCUUUGCAAAUGACAGAACACACAAAAGGAACGUCUAGCCCUGAGGGUGAAUUUUCAAAUGUUUCAGCUCAGCAAAAUGACAGUCUGCAAGGAACUGAAAAGAUGCUACCCAAAAAACAUCCAAGGGAAUUCAACCUAGGAAACAAUACAAAGCUGCUCAAACAAUCUAAGUGUUUGUCACAAAACAACGCUGGCUUAAGCACUUCCAGGUCUGUGAGUCUGUGCACUGAAAACAUAGAAACAACUGACUUUGGACACAAGCCACUGACACUACGUGCUAAGUCAACAGAGGAUCUAGAUAACUGCCAGGCGAGAAAAGAGUCUAUAAAAAUGAAUAUGAAGAACUCACUUAAGAGUGUGUGUCAAAGUGGGUAUUAUUCCAGUGAAGACAGUGAUGGAGGAAAUGUGCAUGGUGGAAGGAGGGCUCCUAGAGAUCCCCGUUGGCGAAAGAAGUGUCACCUGGUUCCACUGAAGGAAGAAAAGAAGCAUGUGAAAAGAAGUGAGACGAAGCCAGAACUUGAAGUUAAGCAGCGAGGAAAGCUCCUCAGGGAGAAAGAUGCUUCCUUCACAAAUUCUACCAGGUGAUUAAACUACUUGGGUUACAUCUCCCCCCUCCCCCCCCCACACACACAAAGAAGAAAAAUACAGAGAAGUAUAGUUGUAACUUACACACUGAACAAACCAGCGAUUAAAAGACAAGAUUUAAAUGACUAAUCUCGCCGCUUUGAAGUUCCAUUGAUUUUACUGAAUGAGAUUUAACCUUGUGAUUAACUAUCCCAUUGGAACUUCAUUGAAAAGGAACUACAGAUUACUCAACUUUGUCUGGAUUAUAGCCUACAUUGGCAAAAACAGUUCCUGAUGAAUACUGUACUUGAAAAGAGGAUGGCCAUGAAUGUAAAAUGACCUCCUUAAAACUGUUAUGCUCACAAAAAUUACUCUUUGACAUAAUUGUUACUUGUAUGCAAAUAUAAGACAAUCCACUUUUAGGGCAUACCUAUGAAAAAAAAUCUAGUCUUGCAUUAAUGUACGAGUGUAGUUGCCAUCCUAUUUACAAGAUACCGGAGACAUCAGUGGAAUCUUUUUCUGAAUGAAGAUGUAGAAGAUCAAAUUGCAUGGCUGUAAUUCUAUUCAUAAUUACUUGGGGAAAGGUGCAGUGAUCUUAGUGACCCAAGGAAACAGAAGAUCAGGCUACAAUAGAGAGAAAACCAUUGUCCACUCCCAGGCACAUGGGAUAGUAUCCACUCUGCCCUUUCUUUCUGGAAGCAGAUUACUUUCAUAAAUCUCUGUGAGCAGAAAAUUCAAUUUCUGGAUUCAACUUGCAGUGAGUGAGAAGCAAAUAAUAAAUAUGGUGGGGUGCCAAUGGUUGCUUAAUGCUUAAGGGAUGGGUUACUCAAGUAUAUAGGUGAUGAAAUCACUAAUGGAGUAGAAUUUAUUAUUUCUGUCUAAUGUUCUCCCUUAUCUCCUGUCUCAAUCCUUAGUAGCUUGAAAAAACAUACAUGUGGUGCUUGAAAAUCUCAUGCUACUAGCAGUAGCAAAUUUCUAUUAUGAAAAUACAGUUCACAGGAUUCCUUGGAGGAAAUAGCAGGUAACCUAGCUUUACACUGAUUUAGAGUGUGGAGAUUCCCCAUUGGUUCAAUUUUUUCCACAGUUCUUAGGUCUGGAAAUCAAUUUUUUCAAAUGGAUAUUGAGAUUAUAACAAACGUUUAGAGCAUGUUAACAACACUUCAUUGUCCAGCUUUCCUUUUAUAAAAAAGUAUCUGCUUUCCAUGCCAUUGUGCAUAGCUAGUAAUACUAGCAACUUUGGGCUCUCUAGUGGGCCUUAUUGUAGUUUUUCCUAGAGGUCUGAGGCAAAAUUAUUUUGGAGAUGUUUAAUCUGAAUGUAGACUCCACUACACGAGUGAAGAAUUAACAUGGUGAAAUGCUUCUCCGUAAAUCUCUUCCCCACAAAAAAUAUGACUCACAAGCCCUGUUCACAUGUUACAAUGGACACACAUACAUAUUACCUAUAUCUGUUUGUAAGAAAGAACCAACAUAUGUUCACUUAACAAAUGGAAUCAGGGACCUGUACCAGAUUGCUUUUAGGCUCAAAGAUGAAUUUGCCUUAGAUAAUCAAGAUACGACAUUACCCCCUCCGAAAAAAAUGUACAUCACAAGAGAAGUAUGAAGCUAUGUGCUCCCAUUUUAAUAGAAAGCAAAGGAUUGAAUCUUGAUUUCCAAGAGUAAGUUUUACAAAACAAUUUUUACCAUGCUUCUCUGUACACAUACCCCUCAAAGUCCCUGCUCAGAGUUGGAGAGCUCCAUUUAUCCAAGAGUGAGGGCCAAUUUUGACUUGUUCUGGCUGUGUGAACCAUUUCCCAUACCACAUGGCAUAUUGUCUUUGAGAAUUUCCUUUUUAGAAGUUUGCUUGGCCGUACAUGAUUGAAAAAAAAUUAUUUCUGUAAAGUUACUCAAUUUGUGGAAGCCUAAAAUCCAACUUUGUUAUGAUUUUGCUGGGUUUUUUUUUAAAAUUUGGCUUGGAACUGUUGAUAACUUGAGGCAAAGGGAAGCUGGUGGAAACUGAGUAACAGCUACACAUUUAAACAGUGUUAGAGACACAAAGUGUUUCCUGAGAGCCGAAGUGCUAAAUCUACCACUGUUGUUUUACUGUUUUACCAGUAGCACCUAGCCUACAACAGAUCUAGUAAUAUUGCUAAAUGCAGCUUCCUUUCAUCUGUUGAUGUAAAAUAACUGAGCUUAACACCUCCUUAGACAUGAAAAGAUUUUUACCUUGACUCGAGAUAACACCUCCCAUUAAUCUUUUUCACUGUGAGAUUUCCACAUUCCUUUACAGCCGUGCUACAGCUACGUUCUCAGAGAUGGAUUCAAAUUAUCCCUGGCUAUAACAAGAAGCCUUUCAGAAAGUUAUCAAAAGAUUAUUUUCUCAUUCCACUAUAUGUCAUAUUUUUAUCAAAGGAAAUGAUUGCCGUUUUCUUAAAGGUAUGCAAGUGUUUGGUUGAUUUCCUUCACUUAAAAUAUGAAAAUAAACAAUUGCAGCCCUUUUAUUAGACAGUUUAGUCAAAUAGUCUUUCUUCAGUACGUCGGUGUUACUCAGAAACACACAGCUAAGGGAGGUUCUGAGAAAAUGAAAAAUUAACAAUUUUUUAAAAAAAACCUUUAUAAAGUUUGUAGACUCAAAAUCAUAUUUAUAGGAACAGUUUCCUUUGGCUGAAUGUAUGCCCAGAGUCCUAGAAAGAAUCCCCAAGGGCAAUUUCAGAAUCAGUCACAACAACUUCCUGUGUAAAUUGCCAAUAUCUUCUGUGUAAAUUGAAUAUCCUGUGUAAAUUGCCAAUAUCGCUGUCUUCAUGGGGUUUUUAAUGUUAUGUUUAGUGGAGCCUAUAUUAUGUGUGAUUGUGUUUGUUUAUAUGCUCCAUUAGUGUUGUUUUAAUUAUGCUGUGCACCACCCAGAGCCCUUCAGGGGAGGGGCGGUAUAUAGAAUUGAUAAUAAAUGCAUAAAUAAAUAUCCUCAUCCCUAGCUAUUGCUGUUGAUGCAUCUGAAGGAGACAAGGGUAGUCCUCAUAAAUGGAUUUUGUGUAUUCUUUGUGUACAUGCGUAAUGCAGACUGAGAGAGUUGGGAAAAGCUAUUUCAAAAUCAAAUGUAUGAUGUACCAAUAAAGACUUUACAUUUUCA